GAUGCAUGAUCCGCAUUGAGUGCGUAAAAAGGGGGACGUGCGCGUCCUCGUCCAAGCCGGGCCAGACCGCGCCUUGGAGUUGGCGGGGAGGGGGGGGAGGCUAAUAAAACGCUUUGGCCAAAGCCCUGCAGUGAUGCACAUGCAGCCUGUUGGAGGAGGGAGGGGGUCUCUUUCUCUGCGUGAUUCCACACAGACUGACUUCCACGCAGGUUGAGUGUGCCACGGAGGGUUUUUUUUUUGGGUGCUGGCUUCAUUGAUGCGCAUUUGCUGGCAUGCUGUUGAAAGAUGAGGCAGCCGUGUGCGAAUGUUGCAGACCACCGGUAGAGGACUACUUGCCUUGCUGUUGAUGUUGUUGGAGUGGACCCGCCCAAGCCUCCCGUCCCCGCUGAGGCCCAUCUGUGACCUGAGGGUCCUCAACCAUUUCAUCAAAGAAGCGCAAGACGCAGAAGUCGCCAUGAAGUCAUGCCGGGAGGGAUGUGGCCUGUCCCAGUCUGUCACCGUUCCCCAAACCAGAGUAGACUUUGUCAUCUGGGAGAGGAAAGAUGCCAUGGAGAAAGCCCAGGAGGUGCAGUGUGGCUUAUGGUUGCUCCAGCAGGCCCUCGGCUUGCUCCGCAGUUCGGUCACCAACGUGGCGCUGCACGGACAUAUCGACAACUCUGUGAGGAACGUGCUCAGCAUCAACGCCAUUCUGAGAAGCCUCAACAUCCCGGAAUACACGCCGCCAGCGAGUGCGGCGGGCCUGGAGGGAACGUGGCAUGUGUCCACGGCGACCGACCUCCUCCAAGUGCACGUCAACUUUCUGCGAGGCAAAGUACGUCUCCUGCUCACAGAUGCGCAGGCUUGUCAGCAAGACGUCAGCUGAUCGGCCCCCCGUCUCCCCACUCCCAAGGCUAAAGCUGCUUUAAAAGGGCCUCCACUCUGAUGACUCACUUGCCAGCUGCUAGAAACCACAACCAAACCACCAAACCACCCUUAAGAAAAAAAACAAAAAAAGUAAGCUAAAGCGAAGAAGAACUGUUGCAGGGGGUCUUUUGGAGAGAGUGGCACCUUGAAUUGUGGACACAUGCCGACCAAAAUGAGAAGCACUGCUCUUGCACUUUGUGUGUCAAUGCACUAGUGUGUGCCAGUUAGGACUGCACGUGGUGUCCCCGUCUCUUUCCCAAGAGAUUAACCUUUGUAAGUGAAUUACGGAGCGAGACACCCACAAAUAUUAACACGCCAAUGCGGCAUGGCUACGAAACAUGAAUGAGAAGCCUUUACACACUUGUUCAGCCAGGACUUGUAAAAAUAUGUGUCGCGUUUAUUAGAUUUCUACUCUGUGUCAAGGUUUAAUAUAUAUUUGUAAACAUUGAGUAAUGACUAUUUAUACAAAUUUUCUACUUUUUAGCUUUGUAUUUUUCAGUGUCCAUCUUUCAGACAUUAGUAAAAAAAAAUGUUACUUUGUUUUGUAUGUUCUCACAGCGAGAGGUCAUUGAGGAGGACAUGAGAACUGUGAAGUUGCGCUGUUGUCAUUAUCGGUCCAGCUAACAAUCAAGCAGAGCCUGCACGCUGAUAGCCUGCAAAAAAGAAACAAAAAACAUCCUGCAAGGCCAUUGGAAACUCUUUCCACAAACACACACCAAGACUGUCUUCAGUUUGCAAGCGUGCAAAGGAAAGCAAACUGCCCCCUGGACUUUGCGUCAUUUGGAGAAAAUGGAAGUUGAACUAUUCCAAACUAGUCGAGUUUUCUUCCUUGUUGUUUUCCUCAUUUGUAACUUGUUGCGCAAGUGCACGAUGGUUUUGAGGAUGUUUGCACAUGUUCUCCUUUCCUGUUUUCGUGUUGUGUCCAAUCACUGUAUAAUUUGCUAUUUAAAUACAAAGCAUUACUCUGGGAUGAAGAAAGGAUAGAAACAACCAGUCUGUCCUUGUCUCCACUGUCUUCCGGUCGGCGGCAUAAACCGCAGAGCUUGCAUAGCUCUGACCCUAAAAUAAAAGGCCGCUUU